AUGGGUGGUUCUCAAUUGAAGAGUCUUAAAGCCGCUUUGAAGGCUCAUAAUCUCACGGGUCAAACAAAUGGUGGAAAGACAAAGAAAGGAUCCAAGAGAAAGCCAAAGCAGUAUGAUCGAGAAGAGAGAGAAAAGGUUAUAGCGAAUAUCAGAGAACAAUUUAAUCCUUUCGAAGUUAAAAAAGUUAGGAAUAAGCAUGUAGAUGGUUCACAAAAUGAUAAUAAGGCCGUUGGAAAGCCAGGCAUCUCGAAACAAGUUGGUGAAGAGCAGAGGAAGAGAGCUUUCGAAGCCAAGAUGGCUUACAAAACGAAGAGGAACGGGUUUCUUGAUAAGCGUUUCGGUGAGAGAAGUAAGGAUCUUAGUGAGGAGGAUAAGAUGCUGGAGCGUUUCACUAGGGAAAGACAGAGUCAGUCUCGUGGGAAGAACAGCCUGUUUGAUUUGAAUGAUGAUGAAGAUGAUGAAGGUGCUGAUAUGUUUGGAGGGGAACUGACUCAUUUAGGGGAAGCUUUAAAAGACGAUUUCGAUGAAGGUGACUUGGGAUUGGAAAAUGGAGAUCGUAGUCCUGAUAACUUUAAGCGUCCAAUGUUUGAAGACGAACAAGACGCUUUGGGCGAGAGUUCAGAACCUGCUAGAAAGAAAACCAAAGCCGAGGUCAUGAAGGAAGUUAUUGCGAAAUCUAAAUUUUAUAAGCAUGAGAGACAAAAGGCUCAAGAAAAGCUGGAGGAUCAAAUUGAUGAACUGGAUGAAAAUUUUGAAGACGUCUUUUCAGAGCUAAGGGCCUCUAUUCCUAAAGGAUCGAAAACGCCAGACAACAAGCUGAUUGAAGAAACUACUGAUAAGGCUUAUGAUAUGAAAGUGAGGGAACUUACAAUGGACAGAAGAGCUGUGCCAAGCGAUAGAACAAAGACUGAAGAAGAGUUAAAAACAGAAGCAGAGGAGAAGAAAGCUCAAUUGGAAAAGCAAAGAUUGGAACGUAUGAGCGGUAUGUUGGAGGUGGAGACUGGUGAAGAAAAGGGCGUUGAAGAUUUAGAAGAUGAAUUCUGGGCCAAUUCUGAUGAGGAGAAAGCGGAUGAUAUUGCAAACUCUGAUGACGAUGUAAACUUAGAAGGAGCAGCGAGUGACGAAGAAGAGGUCGAUGGAAAGCGCAUUCUUCCAAGAUCUGUCCCUUGCCCGGAACAUCAUGAAGAUUUCCUAAAGUUCCUGCAAAAUUAUUCUCUUACUGAACAGCCUAAGCAAGUGAGAAAAAUUAUAAAUGCUUACCAGCCAAAACUCGCAGAAGGUAACAACGAAAGGCUUGGGAAAUUCACAAGAGUUUUACUCAGACAUAUUCUAUUCCUAUCGGACCAGAACUACAUCAAAAAUGUGGAAGAGUUUGCCAAAGUGCAAAAUCUGUUGCUCAAUAUCUUAAAGUCUUUGUCCGAGAAGUAUAAUCAAGCAUUGUCAACUGAAUGCCGGAACAUAAUUUCGGAGAUGCAGGAAAGAUUUAAAGCCAAACAGUAUAAUGUUUUAAUGGCUUCUGACCUAGUGUUUUUCGCCGUAAUCGGAACUAUCUUCUCUACCUCCGACCAAUAUCAUCUGGUUGUCACACCUAGUUCCAUUCUCAUUGCUGAACUUUUAGAGCAGAUGAAAUACGAUAGCAUGGGGAAAUUGGCAUUCGGUGCAAUUUUGGCAAGGAUAUCUCUACAAUACCAGCGAAUUUCCAAACGUUACGUUCCAGAGUUGGUAUACUAUUAUGAAAAGUGUUUGGGAUCCCUUUUACCUAAAUCUAAGAACGAUACUCUACCUCAAGUGAAGUUAGACUCCGACGAGUUGCAUAUUAAUCAUAUUGAGAACAUAAUAGAUGCCGAGUCUUCGAUCUUGCACUUACAUCAGGUUUUUGACGAUAAUAGUGAUAAUGAUGAGUUCAGUACUACAGUAUUACUAAACGUCCUUGAGUCCGUGGACAAUACAGUAUCACUAAUAUGGAAAGAGCUUCCAGCAUUUCAAGAAAUUACUUUGAAUAUUGUGACCUUACUCAAUGAGCUAACUACAAAAUGCCCAAAACUACAGGUAACACAGCGAAUACUAGAGAAAACCAAAAGGUUAGAGAGCUUUAGUGAUCAUACUCCAUUGACGUUGCAACACCACAGACCGAUGUCCAUUCCAUCUCAUGCUCCUAAAUUCGAAGAAAACUUCAACCCUGAUAAGAAAUCGUACGAUCCAGAUAAAACUCGAAGCGAGAUUAACAAGAUGAAGAGCUUAUUGAAGAAGGAGCGUAAAUUCACCAUGAAAGAAAUUCGUAAGGACACUAAAUUUGAAGCCAGACAAAGAAUUACAAGUCAAAAGGAGUCUGCCGGUAGAUACCACUCGAAGAUGGCUCACAUCAUUAAUACGAUUAGUACCGAAGAAGGUGCAGAAAAGAAUAAAUAUGAUAGAGAGAAGAGGUUACGCAGUGGUAAGAAGUGA